CGGCGUCUCCUCCGCUUCACUCGCAACUGCAGCGUCCGCCGCACGCCACCGCCCCGCUUCUGGGCUGCUCCAUCUCCACGCCGCCACCCGCCGCCUAGCCGGCUCCCCCGAGGCGGCGCCGGCGCCAUGCCUCCCCAGGACGGGGCCGACGAGCCCUCGGCGCGUGCCCCGCUCCUCCCGCCCCCUGCUCCGCGCCGCGCGGCCGCGAGGCUCCACCCGCUCCCGCUCAUCGUCGCUGCCGCCUUCGUCGCCUCGUUCCGCUUCGUCUUCCUCGCGCCGGCCCCCUCCUAUUACCAAUCCCUCUUCCUCUCGCUCGGCUCCAACGACACCGCCGCGACGCACCUCCGCGCCCUCACCCAGCGCCCGCACGUCGCCGGCACCAGGGCCAACUCCCUCACCGCCGCCUACGUGCACGACGCGCUCUCCUCCCACUCCUUCCCUACCCGCCUCACUCCAUACUCCGUCCUCCUCUCCUACCCAGCGCACCGCUCGCUUUCCCUCACCGCGUCGGGCCGCGACACCGUUCACUUCGCUCUGGAGCAGGAGAUCUACCCCGGGGACCCCUACGCGGCGGUCUCCGCGGAGGCCGUCCCCACCUUCCUUGCCUACGCGGCCUCCGGCUCGGUCACCGCCGAGGUUGUCUACGCCAACUACGGCCGCGCGGAGGACUUCGCCUACCUCGCCGCACGCGGCGUCAACAUCACCGGGAAGGUCGCCGUCGCGCGUUACGGCAAGGUGUUCCGCGGCGACAUCGUCCGGAACGCGCGCGACGCCGGCGCGGCCGCGGCGGUGAUAUACAACGACGCCAAGGACUACGCGGCAGGGAAUGCCUUCCCGGACGGGCCGUGGAUGCCGCCGACCGGCGUGCAGGUGGGUAGCACGUUCAAGGGGGUCGGGGACCCCACGACGCCGAUGUGGGCGUCGUCGGAAGGGUGCCAGCGCCUAAGCAUCGCGGAGGCGAUGGCCUCCGACGACAUGCCGGGGAUACCGGCGCUGCCAGUGUCGGGAAUGGAUGGGGAGGCCAUACUACAGCUCAUUGGCGGCGAUGUGGCGCCCGAGGAUUGGCAAGGAGGCGCCGGCGCGCCGGCUUACCGGCUUGGGCCCGGGCCAGCGGUGCUCAACCUGACCUACAUAGGUAAUGAGACAAUGGCUACCAUUCAGAAUGUUAUUUCGGUGAUUGAAGGGAAAGAAGAACCUGAACGGUAUGUAAUCCUUGGAAAUCACCGUGAUGCAUGGACAUUUGGGGGAGUUGAUCCAAACAGUGGGACAGCAGCCUUGCUUGAGCUAGCUCAACGGUUAUCCGAGCUGCAAAAGAAGGGCUGGAGACCUCGACGAACCAUCAUCUUGUGCAACUGGGAUGCUGAAGAGUAUGCAUUGAUAGGAUCCACCGAAUGGGUCGAGGAGAACAGAGCAAUGCUAACUUCAAGGACCGUUGCUUACCUGAAUGUUGAUUCUGCGGUGUUUGGUCGUGGAUUUUAUGCAUCAGCAACUCCUCAACUUGAUGAAUUGCUUAAAGAAGCUAGUAAACAGGUACAAAAUCCGGAUAACAGAACUGAGAGUCUGUAUGACUUGUGGAUGGCCUCUAACACCUCUCCCUUGAUCGGAAGAUUAGGCGGUGGAGGGUCCGAUCAUAGUGCAUUUGUUCAACACAUUGGUAUUCCCUCAGUGGACAUGUCUAUUGGGUCAGACUAUCCAGUCUAUCAUAGCUUGUAUGAUGACUUCAUAUGGAUGGAGAAGUUUGGAGAUCCCUUGUUCCAGAGGCAUGUCGCAGCGGCAAGCAUGUGGGGGCUUGUUGCUCUGCGGCUGUCAGAUGAGGAGAUCCUACCCUUCAACUACAGCUAUUAUGCCACAGAGCUUGAGAAUGGAGUAAUGGGUAUAAAUGAGAGAGUACUGGGAAUGCCUGUCAGUUUAUCUCCCCUGCACAAGUCAAUCAAAGAAUUCAGAAGGGCAGUUCUGAAAGUGGAUUCUGAAUUGAAGGCUCUACGGACAUGGAAAAUUUGGGCACAAUGGAGAAGCUGUCCAUUGAAGGUCAGAGACAUCAACGACCGGUUGAUGAUGACUGAAAGGGCGUUCACAGAGCGGGAAGGGUUGUCUGGAAGACCAUGGUACAAACACCUGAUUUACGGGCCUUCACUGCACAACGAUUAUGGAGCUGAAAUAUAUCCAGGUAUUGAUGAUGCCAUUCAGACAGCAAAGAGAACAAGCACAUUAGAAUCCUGGCAGGCUGUACAGAAUGAGAUUCACAGGGUCGCCAGAGUCAUAAAUCAGGCAGCAUUAGUUCUAACUGGAGGGCUAACAUGAAAAGUUAUGCUUGAUACCACCUCCUUUUUGCUGUAGAACUUGCUAUAUAAGUGAACGCAGCAGCAAUACUGGAUGAAUGAUACAGUGAAUCUUGUAACAAGGAAUAUAUAAGCGACCCGUAUCUUAGCUGUUCAAGAUGGUAGAGUUCGUCUGCUCA